AUGAGCGCGAGGAACUUUUAUGCCGCUGUGGUUUCACGAUCACUUUGCUCGGCAAGCACGAGAGACGAGGUCAAGAGCUUGCUUGCAAGGGCAGACGCCCUGCACGAGCAAGGGCACUUGAGCAAGGAUCAGUACAUAGUCGCAUCUCAUAGCGGCAGGAUGGCGCUGGAGCAUGAGGAGCAGAGCAUGGCAGACACAAGGCUGGAGAUCCUCAGGGAUAUCGUGAGGAGAGGAGCUCAGCACAAGUCAGAGGUGGUGAGGAUGAAGAUGAAGGACAAGCAGGCCCUGCAGGAGUACAUGGAUUUGCCGCAGAGGCACGUGGAGUCGGGCAAGAAUCCUUUCAGCUCCUGUACAAUCGCAUAA